AUGUUAAAAAUUGAGGAAUAAAAUUACUCAAGACAAUUAAUAAAGCAAGAUAAAGAACUGUCAUAAUUUAUAAAAUAUCUUGAGAAGUAAAAUGAAGUAGCUGAAAAAAAUAAAGAGAAAGAAUUCAGAAUGAAACAGAAAGAAUCAAGUAUUAUAGGAUAGAGGUAAGAAAAGAAAUAAGAGCGUGAUUUUUAAGCUAGAUUAAAGUAAUUAGAAAUAUCGACAAUCAGAGAUAAAUAUGAUGAAUCAUAAAUAAUGAAGAACAAAGUAAUUGAGUAAUUAUUAUUCAGAGUCUUGAAUAAAGAUUAUAAAAUUAAGAUUAGAUACAUCAAUAAAUUUUGUAGGAGUCUAAAAUUAAAAGAGAAGAAAAAGCCAAUUUAAGAAGUCUUCAUUUAAGAGAUUCUGUAGAUCAAGCAAUUACAAAGGCUAAUUAAAUCUAAUAAAAUAAAGUAGAUCAAUUUAACUAUUAAUAAAUACGUAAAGACUAAUAUUUAUCAUAAUUAUAAAGUGAAAAAAAUUUAAAAUAACUUGAAAAAUCAAUGACUUUUUAAAUUAAACAAGAAUUAAAUGAAUCGAAUUAUAAAAAAGCAUAAGAUAUUUUAGAUGAAAGAAUUUAUAAGACUAUGAAUAAAUUGAAUUAAAAAGAUUCAUUGUCAUAAUAAAUUUAAAUAGAAAAUGAAAGGAAAUUAAAUAAUAAAUUAUUUUCUUAAAAAGCAUCUUUAGAAAAUGGAUUAGCAAAUGCAGACUAUGCUAAAGUUAGAUUUGAAUAAAAUUUGAAUAUGAAAAAAUCUAUGACAGAAUAUAAAAUGAAUAAAUUAGAUUAAAUGAUGUAAAUUUUUAAUAUAUAUUAUAUUAGAAGGGAGAAAUAAUUAUUAUAACAAUAAGAGAGAGAAACAAGAGCAAUGGUAGAACAAAAAAAAAAUCAAUUAAAAGAAGAAUUUGAAAGAAAAAUGAACUUACUCUAAAAACAAAAAUAUUGA